CUGCAUCUACUUAAAUGUGGUAUAAGAACUAAGAACUGCACAGGCUUUCACACCACAAGCAAAAACCAAUCUCUUUUAGCUUCCUGGAGUUACUCAUUUUGUCAAAUUCUUUCCAUUGAGAAAAGAAAAGAAAAACAUGGCUGCGACCCUAGUAGGAGGAGCAUUUCUGUCUGCAACCCUUCAAGUGUUAUUUGACAGGAUGGCAUCUCAGGAGGUCGUGAAGUUCAUCCGAGGAAGAAAAGUCCCUGCUACACUACUAACAAAGCUGAAGACAUGGUGUCUUACCCUUAACAAAGUGCUCAAUGACGCAGAGGAAAAGGAAAUCACAGACACAAAUGUCAAAGAGUGGGUUGAUGAGCUUAAGGAUGCUGUCUAUCACGCAGAGGACCUUUUGGAUGAGAUCGCUACUGAAGCUUUGCGGUGCCAAGUGGAAGCUGAUUUUGUAACCCGUACGAGUAAGGUACGUAACUUCAUCUCUACUUCAUUUGAUCAGUUUGGGAGAAAACUAGAAUCAAAGAUACAAGAAGUCGUAGAUAAGCUGGAAAAUCUAGAUUCACAAAUAAAUGCUAUAGGUCUGAGAGAAGGUGUUGAAGGGAGAUCUUCCCAAAGAGUGCCCACAACUUCUCUGGUAGAUCCAGAAACUAUAAUUUACGGUAGGGAUGAUGAUGAAAAGGCAAUAGUCAACUUGCUGCUCUCAAACGAUGUAGCAAGCAACAACCACUCAACUGGAGUGAUUCCCAUUGUGGGCAUGGGUGGGGUUGGAAAGACAACCCUUGCUCGUCAAAUCUACAACAACCAAAAAAUCAUAGAACAUUUCAGCCUUAAAGCAUGGGUUUGUGUUUCAGAAGAAUUUGACGUUCCUAAGAUAACUAAAAAAAUUCUUGAGUCUGUCAGUCCACAAAAACAUGAUCACACUGACUUCAAUAAGAUCCAAACUGAAUUGAAGAAUUAUUUGAUGGGAAAGAAAUGUUUACUGAUUCUUGAUGAUGUAUGGAAUGAAAAUUAUGAUGAUUGGGCUCUCUUGAGUAUUCCCUUUAAAUAUGGAACAUCGGGAAGUAGAAUUAUAGUGACAACACGCAACAGAAGUGUUGCAUUGAUCAUGCGCCCUAUUCAAAUUUUUAAUCUUAAUAAAUUAUCAGAAGAAGAUUGUUGGCUAUUAUUUGCAAAUCAUGCCUUUGAAAAUGGAAAAUCUAAUGCAUAUCCUGAAUUAGAGAGAAUUGGUGAAGAAAUCAUUAAGAAGUGUGACGGUCUGCCAUUGGCAGCAAAAGCACUCGGUUGUCUAUUGCACUCUAAAUUAGAUGUAGAGGAAUGGAAUAAAAUUUUGAAAAGCGAAAUUUGGAGUCUGCCUAACGAUGGGGGUAAUGUUCUUCCAGCUUUAAGAUUAAGUUACAAUUACCUACCCUCACAUUUAAAGCGAUGUUUUGCAUAUUGUUCGAUCUUCCCAAAGAAUUAUCUAUUCAAAAUGGAAGAACUUGUUCAGUUGUGGAUGGGAGAGGGCUUCUUGCAACAACACAACAAGAAUGAAGAAAUGGAAGAUAUAGGUGCUGAGUACUUCCUUGAUUUAGUAUCAAGGUCACUUUUACAACGAUCAAAUGGAAACAAAUUGUGCUUUCUAAUGCAUGACCUAGUCCAUGAUUUAGCUAAAUCUGUAUCUGGCAAAUUUUGUUUUAGAUCAGAAGGGGAUAACACAAACAAAAUUAUAGAAAAAACUCGUCAUUUUUCCUACUUAAGAACCACGUAUGACAUCCCAGAGAAGUUUACAGCUUUGUGCAAAGCUAAAAAUUUACGCACCUUCAUUGCGUUAGAAAUGAAAAAAGAAGACAAAGAUGAAGAUAAUAAGGUUUUGAAGUUCUACUUAACAAAAAAGGUACAACAUGAUCUAUUAUUGACACUAAGAUUCUUACGUGUGCUCUCUCUUUCACAUUAUUGUAAUAUAGAGUUGCCAGAGUUAAUUGGAGAUUUCAAACAUCUACGCUAUUUAGAUGUCUCUUUUACUGGGAUUGAGAAAUUGCCUAAGUCUACAUGUAUGUUGCCCAACUUACAAACGUUGAAUUUAUCAGGAUGCAAAUUUCUAGUUAAGUUGCCAAGAAAUAUGAGAAAUCUCAUUAAUUUGCGUCAUCUUUAUAUUAGUGGAACUAGCAUUAAAAAUAUGCCAAUACAUAUGGGUCGUUUACAAUGUCUUCAGACUUUGACCAAAUUUGUUGUCGGCAAGGACAUUGGAUUCCGAAUUGAAGAGUUAGGAAAACUUUCAAAUCUUCGAGGAGUCAUUGUGAUAUCGAAUCUCCAGAAUGUGAUAAACUCGACUAAUGCUUUGGAAGCAAAGUUGAAGGAUAAGGAGCACCUUAAGGAGCUAACAUUGGAGUGGGAUGCUGCCAAUGAUGUUAUUUCUCGAAGUGAAAGAGACGUACUCAACAAUCUGCAGCCUCAUACGAGCUUAACAAUGCUUGUUAUCAAGAAUUACAAUGACACAAGCUUUCCAAAUUGGGUUGGAGAUAGUUCAUUUUCAAAUAUAACCGUUGUUCAUCUAAACUCUUGUAGAAAUUGCUCUAGUUUGCCAUCACUUGGACAACUCCCCUCUCUUCUUGACCUCUUCGUUUUUGGGUUUGAUGAAGUUGUUACCGUGGAUGCUAACUUUUAUGGUAGCGGUUCUUAUACUGCUACACCAUUUCAAUCACUGAAAAUAUUGAGAUUUAAGGCAAUGUCGAAGUGGGAGGAAUGGUCUCCUUAUCACAAAGAAGGCAAAGAUGAAGAAGCUUUUCCGAGUCUCCAAGAGCUUUAUCUUGAAGAAUGUCCAAAACUAAGUGGAAGCUUGCCCAAGCACCUACCUUCUUUAACCGAACUUGGGAUUGAGGAAUGUGAACAGCUUGAGACUUCUCUCCCUACUGCUCCUUUUAUUCGUAAAUUAGUAGUAAGGAAUUGUAAUGUUGAGUUGUUGAAAAAAUUGCCACCCACGUUGCACGACCUCACAAUAAUCGGAUUCGAAAACCUGGAGUCUCUGCCAGAGGGAGUGAUGGACCACAACCACUCUGUUGAAAAGUUAUUUAUCUCUGAAUUUCCUGUGCUCAAGUCUCUUCCUCGUGGUGGUCUAUCCAGUCCCACUACACUAAAAUAUCUUUUUAUCCGUAAUUGUAAGGAAUUGGAAUUCCCGAUGUACCCCUGCUAUUCUUCCCUUGUCGGACUGAUUAUAGAAUAUAGCUGUAAUCCUCUGAAGUCAUUUCCAUUGGACAUCUUCCCGAAGCUUCGUUAUCUCGUAAUCGAAGGGUGUAGGAACAUGGAGUCCCUUUCAGUUUCGGAGGGACAUCACCUAACUGAUCUCCUACGGUUGAAAAUCAAAAAUUGCCCUCAUUUUGUAGCUUUUCCCAGUGGAGGAUUGUCGGUCCCCAAUCUCUCAGAAUUAGAAGUCAGUAAUUGCUCUCUUCUCAAUUCACUCCCAGAAAACAUGCACGCGUUUCUCCCGUCUCUUCAAUUUUUGGAUAUCAUUAAUUGUCCACAAAUUGAGUCUUUUCCGAAAGGUGGUCUGCCAUCCAAUCUAAUUUCUUUAAGAAUCAGCGACUGCAAAAAACUAAUUUGCAAUAGAAUGGAGUGGGGCUUGCAAAGACUGCAGUCUCUUAAAAGAUUAGCAUUCAUAAAUUAUGAUCGUGGUUGCUGGGAUGUGGAGUCCUUUCCGGAGGAGUAUUUACUGCCCACAACUGUUACCCAUCUUUACAUCACUGGAUUUGGAAAUUUGAGAACGUUGGACAACAACGGGUUUCAACACCUUAACUCUCUUCAAUAUUUGUCCUUGGAAGACUGCCCGAAGCUCAAGCACAUGCCAGAAGAGGGGCUGCCUGUCACAAUCUCGAACGUAAAGAUCAUUACAUGUCCUUUGUUGACGAAACGAUUGCAAAGGAAGAAGGGAAAAGAGUGGAGCAACAUUGCUCACACCCCCUUCAUAGAAAUCAUUGAGCGCAAUCAGUUGUCCAUCGAUGGUGAAUCGAGAAGAACAUUUCUCUCUUGAUUUCUGUGAAGAAGCUGCCAAAAGUAUGACAGGAUUCAUGCUCAGUUACCUGUUCUUUGAUAAACAAAUGCUUUCAAAGUGAAAAUGGAAAAGUGCGCAACUCAAAAUUCAUGCAUUGCUGCCUGUUCUAGCGAACCAAUCCCCUGUAUGCAAGGUUAAUUUCACCACUUGGCGACCUUAAUUUCAUGAAAACUCUGUGGCUGUUGGAAAGUAUGGCAGAAUUGAUAAAAAGAUUUUGAGAACAGAAAGUGCCAAUAACUAUUUGUGGGAGGCAAUGUUUUGAUUGAGCAAUGCAGAUGACCUUAGUUUCUUAAAAAUUCCAUGGCUGUUGGAAAGGAGGGCAGGAUUGAUAAAAAAAAUUUGAGAAUGGCAAGUGUCAAUGACUAUUUUGUGGGAGGCAAUGUUUUGAUUGAGCAAUGCAUAUUGGCUGGCUAAGACUACCUCUCUUUACAUUUUGGAAUUCGCAUUAAGCCUCUCCAGAGGAUAGGUCUGCUUUUGGUUAUUACCUCUCAAUGGGUGCAGAUUGUCUACCUAACUCCAGACAGCUCCAAAGGCUCAGCAUGUCAAUGCUCCUUCUGUCCUUUUUGUCCACACCAGUAGGAUCUGCGCAUCUCCCUUCUUGCUAUCAAGAACUAACUUUAACUAUGCUAAGACAAGGGUCCAGUGGCACAGAGAGAGGGAAAUCCAGCUGCUGGCCCUAUAUUGCUUAGGUUGAGGCUCAUUGACUACACUAAACAAUCUUCAAAGGUAUCUUUAAAUGUAGGGAAUUAAUAUUUCCUUCAUGCCCAUGUCACUCUUCCCUUGUGUCUUUUGUCAUAUCCGAUAGAUAUAAUUCUAUCUCAUCAUUUGGUUUGGAUAUCUUUCCAAAGUUUUGUAGUCUCAAAAUCCAUGUGUGGCAACAUCAAGUCUCUUUCAGUUUGGGAGGGACAUGAACUUGUUAUCCUAGCUUUGGAAAUCAAGGAAUGCCUUAAUUUUGCAGAUUCUCAUACUGGGGGAUUUUAGCCCCCAACCUUACACUGUUAAAAGUUCAUGAUUGCCUUUGUCUCAAGUCACUUCCUGAAAACAUGGAUACACUCCUCCCAUCUCUUCAAAUUUUGGAUAUCGCAAACUAUCAACAAGUUGAGUCUUUUCUAGAAGGGAAGAGAAGUGCUUUCCUGAGGAGGUCUUCCAUUAGUCUUAGCACUCUUCCUAUAAAGGAAUUUCAAAAUCUGAGAUCCCUAGACAAGAAGGGUCUUCAACUCCUUACCUCUCUUCAACUAUUGUCUAUCUCAGACUGCCCCAGACUAAAAGUAGAUGCUAGAAGAUGAGAUUUCUUGUAUCCAUUCUAAGCUACAGUUUCGUCAACGUCUUGCCUUGAUAAAACAAUUCCAAAAAAAAGAAUAAAAGUUAGAUGCAAGAUUGCUCACAUCUCUAUCAUACAAAUCAAUGAUGAAGUCUCAUUAUCUGAGCCAAAAGUGUAGAUGAGAUCAAAUCCCACUUGACAAUAAGCAAGUGCCACAAAAGGCUUGGUCAAACACAUUACAGGAGAGCAGUUAACAAAACAAUUGCCAAGGAAGAAGGGAAAAUAGUGGCGAAAGAUUGGUCACAUCUGUUGCAUAAAAAUGGAUGCCCCAACCCAAAUCAGGGGAUUUUCUAAACUAAUGUCUUUUGUGCACAUUCUAGUUGGAAGGGGGCUUUCAGCAUUGUCCAUUUCCUAUAUAUGAAGUUCAGUAUUUGACAAGGAAGCGGAGAAGUUAUUUAAAGUUCUUGGUACGCAACUCUCCAAUAUGGAAGAAGAGGAUGGAGAUGGUGACAAUAUUAUUCCAAAUAGUAUCAAAUGCAUUAUUGGAAAAACCUACAUCUUCCAAGUGAAAGUUACUACAUACAAUUUCUUUGUUCAUAAAUAAAACUUUACGGUAACGACAGUCUUUGAAAUUGAAGGAAAUGAACAAUUUCAGGAAACAACAAAAAGAGGGACUAAGAAUGGAAAUGAAGUAUCCAAAGAAACAGUCUUUGCUGAAGUAAAGAAAACAAAAUUUUUGAAGAAAUAAAUCCAAAACGAGAAUGUGGACGCUCAAAUAGAAGUGUUAGAUGAUUAGCGAACAUAGAAAAUAUUUAAAUGAAACUUUGAAUAUUUAGACUACAAAUCAGGUCGUGAUGUUGUGCUUUCUGAUAGAAGAAUAGAUACUUCAGAACCUAACGACUAGUUUCAGCCGAAGGUAAUAUUUUAACUCUGCAGCAAAACGGCACCAUAUCACAUUAUUACAAACGGUGACUGUUUGGUUUUAAAGAGAAUUCUUUCAGUCAACCUAUACGAUAUCGUUUGGCCUUGGAGCUUCAGAGUCAGUGUUAGCAUCUUCUUCAAAGGAUUAGCUGCUGAGAUUUUUUUUGUAAUUAGAUAUUUUCU